AUGCCUCGCAAACCCAAUGCCACGAAUGCUACAGCUUCCACUAAGUUGACAUCGAGACAGAAGACUCGGGCACAUGUCGCCUUCCAAAGCAUUGAUUCUAAAGCUGGACUCGGAGAUGAAAUAGAAGAUGAUACCGACGACGUGGUAAUAAAUGGCGAUGACGAAAACGGCAUGAUGGAGAUGCUCACCAUGCUGCAAGAAUUUCAGAAGCGCAAGGCAUCAAAGACAUCUAGUCGUGCAACUGUCUUUCAUAACAAGAAAAAUGCCCUCUUCACAGACGCGCGGAAGAACGUGGAUGCAGUUGUCCGCGAUGGCAUGGCAUACAUAGAUCAAUGCCUCGCCAAGAUUUCCGAGCUGAAGGCACAAGAAACGUCGCAGGAGAAUAAUUUCAAGGAUCUCUCAAGACUCUGGGAAAACCAUGAUGAAAUUAUUCAAAAUCUCCUGGGGACCUAUCCGACGAUCAUCGAAGAUCUCUCCCAUCGUCGGGCUGAGCAGAUCAACGAAGCAAGCGCUAUGUGUGAGUGA